UAGAGAUAUUAAAAACAGAAAAGAGAGAGAGAAACGGUCAUAGGGGUGGAAUUGUGGAAAUAGAAUGGAUGGGUGGGGCGCUACCCGCUCACCAGUCCACCACCACCACCACAUUCGCCGCCUGCCUUGUCAUUAAAGGAGAACCCGCCCGGACCGCCCCACCCCCAUCCACGUCAUCACCGGCGAUGGCGCAUACGUCCCAACCUGUGGGCGAUGAUUUGAAAUUAUUGUACCCGAUCCCUUACCAGUUACCGGCAGCAGGACGUCACCCCCACAACUCACGUGACCCCUCCCUCCUUUUUACCGACCAACUCCUCCCCAUCACCGCCACCUGUCCGUUCCCGGCGACACCCCCGCGCCCCCCUCUCCCCACGGUUUCUUUAUUUUUCCCGUUUUGCCCCCCGCGUUUUACCUCUCAAGUCAUAAAACUCGCUGCCCCCUUUGAUUGACCGAACUGCCCCUGCGGUCAGUUCCAUCCGACGCUUCAUUGGCCGGUUGUUUCAGGCGUAAACGACGAACGGGGCUAGUUAGUAAAUUCAGCAGCGGCGAGGGGGUUUUCCGUCCAACGGAUUAAUUAUGCCAAUAUAAACAGGGAGAAGCUCGCCUGCGGAGCCGGCAGGGGGGUCGCUCCGGUGACGGGAAUUUCAGUACCGUCCAAUAGGGUUCAAACGCGUGGCCGGAUCCGUCCCCACAUCCGUCCACGUGUCCCCUUCGGUGCCCCUCGACGGACGCCGUCAAAUCUCUCAGUUUUUUCCGUCAACGUAUACUUUCACGUAAAAUUUUGGGGCAGCGUCAAAUUUUCCCGUCCUUAAAUUCGCCGGUCAACCAAAACCCUAAUCCAUUCCUCUUUCCCUUCCCUCUCUCCGUCUAUCUGUCUCUCUCUCGCUCUCUUUCUCCGAUCUGUUCAUCUCCUUCCUCUCGCGGACUCUUCAUCUACCAGAUCUCCUUUCUUCGUCGCCGAAGAGAUCGUUCGAAGUAGCGUCGUGGCCAUGGAAGACGAUGAGGAGAUCCAGUCGCACCCGUCGCCUGAUACGGGAUCUCCGGCGUCUCCUCGGCCGAACGGCCGGAUUACGGUGACGGUGGCGGCGGCACCGCCUCAGAAUACUCUCACGCUGGCCCUGCCCAUACAGCAGCCGAGGACCGCCGGGAACGGCGGCGGAGGCGGCGGAGGCCGGGAAGACUGCUGGAGCGAGGGAGCGACGUCGGUGCUGAUCGACGCCUGGGGAGAACGGUACCUAGAGUUGAGCCGGGGAAAUCUGAAGCAGAAGCACUGGAAGGAAGUGGCCGAUAUUGUGAGCAGUCGCGAAGACUAUACCAAGACGCCUAAAACCGACAUCCAGUGCAAGAACCGAAUCGAUACGGUGAAGAAGAAGUACAAGCUCGAGAAGGCCAAGAUUGCCGCCAGCGGCGCUCCGAGCAAGUGGCCUUUCUUUAAGAGGCUCGACCAAUUGAUCGGCCCGACGGCUAAGAUCGCUGCCACCGGCGGUUCGAACACGCCUUUAUCGUCGGCGUCUCAGGGUCAGAAAGUCCCUAUGGGCAUUCCGGUUGUACGAUCGACCGCGCAGUUCCAUCAGCCAGCACAGCAAAAGCAACAGCACCAGCAACCACAUCAACAGAAGCAGAAGCAACCGUUUCGAAGACGGGCGCCGUUGGAUUCCGAUUCGUCAAGAUCGGAACCGGAGGCGUCGCCGGACUCGACUGACAGUUUUCCGCCGGAGACAUUCGGGAGGAAGAAGGCCAAGUUUCAAAGGGAAAUGAAUUCGAGCGUGCGGGCAGGGGCGAACCGUGGAAAAGAAAAGGGGUGGGGGAAUUCGGUGAGGGAACUGACUCAGGCGAUUCUGAAAUUCGGGGAAGCGUACGAGCAGGCGGAGACCUCGAAGCUGCAGCAGGUGGUGGAGAUGGAGAAGCAGAGGAUGAAGUUCGCCAAAGAGCUGGAGUUGCAGAGAAUGCAGUUCUUCAUGAAGACCCAGUUGGAGCUUUCGCAGCUGAAGCAUGGAAGACGAGGUGGGAGUAAUCACCAUAGCAACAAUAACAAUAACAAUCACAGUGACAGCAGUAACUAGAUCAAUUAGACGAGAUUGGGUUAGAUUAGAUCAGAUUUCUCUGUUUAUGGGUGAAUAGGGAAUGAAUCCAACAUGAAAAAACUCGAAUUGGAUUUGGUAGCUCGUAUAAUUCCCUUUCUUAUCCUUAUUUAUUUCAACCAUAACUUGUCAAAUUCUCAAAGACAGUGAUCCAAUGUCAACUAGUGUUCAUUAGAGUUAA